AGUGUCGCGAGCCGACGAAUCUUACAAAGCCAAAACGAACACGCGAGAAGAAGGAAAACUUACACGAACUCUCUUUAUCCCCUCUCGACUUAUUUUAUAAUACCAGGCCAGGAAAACCUCUCGCCUCACAAACAAGUCCCCCAACUCUCCAAGUCCAACCCCACGACCAUGGCGACCAAGCAGAGCCUCCUCGCCGCCGCAGCCGUCUGUCUCCUCCUCCUCCCGGCGGCCUACGCCUUCACCGAUGUCGAGUACUGCAAUAAGGGCAAAAACUACCCGGUGAAGGUGAGCGGCGUGGAGAUCGUGCCUGAUCCUGUCGAGCGCGGCGUGCCGGCCACCUUCAAGAUCUCCGCUACAACUGAUAAAAACAUCACCGAGGGGAAGCUGGUUAUUGAUGUUAAAUAUUGGAUCUUCAAUGUUUACUCUGAAACAGAUGACAUCUGUACGAAGACCCAAUGCCCGGCAACUUCUAAUUUCGAGCUAUCUCACUCGCAAACCUUACCAUCAAUCACUCCACCAGGUUCUUACACCAUUCAGAUGAAGAUGCUCGGAAAGCACGAUGAGGAAUUGAGCUGCAUCUCCUUCGGGUUCAGCAUUGGCUUCCUUGCGCCGGUUGCCUUGAGUUGAAGGCAUGCACGGGUUGCACGCGGAACUACACACUUGUGGAUUGUAACUCUAGAAACCUAUUUAUCCUAGUAUACGUUUUCUGUGUAACACUCGUGGGUGCCGCAACACUUUGUGUUCGACUAAGAAGUUUUUAUCAAGAGUUGAACAUCACAAUAAAAUGAAAAUCUGGUGUAAUGAGACAUGGAACCGUGUUAGUUUCUGAGAA